AUAGUUUACAUGGGAGAAUCUUCAUUUUCCCCAUCAUCAUCAUCAGGAGAGAAAUCAUUUUCCGAGUCAUCGUUGACAACAUUAGAUGUUAAAGCAAUGACAAAAUCACACUUUGAUAUGCUUGGAACAUACUUGGACAGAAAAGAGAAGGUUGAGGAUCAGAUGCUUUACUCUUACACUAGAUGUAUCAAUGGUUUUGCUGCAGUUCUCGACGAAUCUCAGGUUGCAGCACUUAAUGAUAAUCCAGGGGUGGUAUCGAUUUUUGAGAACAAAGAAAACAGAAUGUACACAACACAUUCAUGGGAUUUUCUUGGAUUUGAGAAAAAUGGAGUACCUUCUCUCUACUCGCUUCAGAAGAAGGCAAACUUUGGAGAAGAUAUAAUUAUUGGAAAUCUUGACAGUGGUAAGGCUAUGUCCUUGGAUUUAUAAGAGAAAAAUAGCUAACCAGGUCCAUAUUGUUUCUUGUCACCUGUAAUACUCUCUUACAUUUUUUGGUUGCAUGCCACUGAUUUAGGUGUAUGGCCGGAAUCUAAGAGCUUUAACGAUGAAGGGAUGGGUCCUGUGCCAUCAAAAUGGAAGGGGACUUGUGAUGAUGGAGGUGGAGUAACUUGUAAUAAAAAGCUUAUUGGCGCAAGGUACUUUAACAAAGGUUUUGCUGCUAACAAUGGCCCUGUACCGGAAGAGUGGAAUACUGCUCGUGACGAUGCCUCAGGCCACGGGACCCACACCUUAUCAACUGCUGGUGGUAGCUAUGUUCCUGGAGUAAAUGUUUAUGGUGUUGGCAAUGGAACUGCUAAGGGUGGAGCGCCAAAAGCUCGUGUAGCUACUUACAAGGUAUGCUGGCCUUCCGCUAAUGGUGGAUGCACUGAUGCUGAUAUCUUGGCUGCCUAUGAUGCUGCCAUUUCUGAUGGAGUUGAUGUGAUCUCAGUGUCACUGGGCUCUGACGAGCCUAUACAAUUUUAUGAAGAUGGAAUCUCCAUUGGCUCCCUCCAUGCCAUUAAGAAAGGCAUUCCAGUGAUUGCUGCAGGAGGCAAUAAUGGACCAAGUGAUGGAUCCAUAACAAAUGGGGCUCCCUGGUUGUUCACGAUUGGUGCUAGUACAAUGGAUCGUGAGAUUUUUACCACUGUUACUCUUGGCGACAAGAAGCUUUUCAAGGGAAAAACUCUGGCAAGUAAAAACCUGCCGGAUGGAAAAUUAUAUCCACUAAUUAACGGUGCAGAAGCAGCGCUUGCCGAAGCAACACCUAGAGAUGCACAACUAUGCUUAGAUGGAACACUUGAUCCCAACAAGGUUUCUGGGAAAAUCAUACUGUGCCUUCGAGGACAAAGCCCGAGACUGCCGAAGGGAUACGAGGCUGAGCGUGCUGGCGCUGUUGGGAUGAUAUUAGCUAAUGAUAUUAUAUCUGGGGACGAACUUUACUUGGAAGCUUAUGAGCUCCCGUCUGCCCAUAUCACUUAUGCUGAUGGUGAAUCUGUCAUGGACUACAUCAAAGCAACCAGAAAUCCUACAGCAUCAAUUAGCCCUGCAAUUACAAAUUUUGGAGUAAAGCCAAGUCCAGCAAUGGCCAAAUUCUCAUCAAGGGGACCUAGUAAAAUUGAGCCAGCAGUACUUAAGCCUGAUGUCACCGCACCUGGGGUCGAUGUAAUUGCUGCUUUCACCGAGGCUAUAGGGCCAUCUAGAAGACCAUUUGACAAGCGCCGGACUCCUUACAUGGUAAUGUCUGGCACUUCAAUGUCAUGCCCUCAUGUUUCCGGCAUUGUUGGCCUUCUUAGAGCUAUCCAUCCAGAUUGGAGUCCAGCUGCUCUUAAAUCUGCAAUCAUGACAACAGCAAAAACAAAAUGUAACAACAAGAAGAGAAUGCUUGAUUAUGAUGGACAACUUGCAACCCCAUUUAUGUAUGGUGCUGGACAUGUGCAGCCAAACUUGGCAGCAGAUCCUGGCCUAGUUUACGACACAAACGUGAAUGAUUACCUAAGCUUCUUGUGUGCCCAUGGCUAUAACAAGACCUUGCUGAACGCAUUCUCAGAUGGACCUUAUACAUGCCCUGAGAAUUUUAGUUUUGCUGAUUUCAACUACCCUUCAAUCACAGUUCCUGAUCUUAAAGGCCCAGUAACUGUUACUCGCCGAGUGAAGAACGUAGGGGCUCCAGGAACAUACACGGUUAGCAUUAAGGCACCAGCCAAGGUUUCAGUAGUUGUUGAACCUUCUAGCUUGGAGUUCAAGCAAGCUGGUGAAGAGCAACUUUUCAAGCUUACUCUUAAGCCUAUAAUGGACGGCAUGCCUAAAGACUACGAAUUUGGGCAUCUAACAUGGUCAGAUGGCUUGCACCGUGUCAAGAGUCCUCUUGUAGUGAAGCAUGUGUAGAUGGGAUUAUUGCCUACAAUCCUCGAUCAUCUCUUAAUUUGUAGGUCAUAUUGGGAAUGGUGGAAGAACAAGAGAUGAUAAGCUGCACAAGGAGAAGAUUUCAUUGUAGAUAAAAAAUUUGUGUAUCAUGGCCAAAAACAAUUUCUGCGUUGUACUGAUACAUGCACAAAUGUAUUUUCAUCAACCUUUUCCAUCAUUCUAUUAUUCUAUUCAAGUGUUGCUCUCCUCCAUUCACUAA